GUUAGAUCCUCGCAGGUGUCUAAAAAUUGGAACAACACCCGGCAGGAUAAAGACCGUGGUGUAACUCGGUUCCCUGCGAUCUUCAGUGCGAAAUGUUUUUGGCAAGGAAGAGGUUAGUCCAAGUUCAUGUACGCAUGGUUACUGUAUAACGAUUGACGCAUCGCAAAACGGUGCACUGGGCUGUUCUCCGAGAGUAUCGGGUCGAGGAAUGUGUUACGGUGCGAAGAAUGCUGGACCAUCGUGAUCCUGCGAACGUCUUCCAUAGGGGAUCAAUGAACCAGUGAUUACCACGGGCUACGAGCACUUGCAUAGGAAAAACUGUGAAUAAUGUCAGGUGCUGCCACCAACUAAAGAUGUAGAAAUCGGAAAAUAGAAAGAAGGUAAAAGAUGGAUGUGGACACCGCUAGUGACAAUACGUCGAUAGAUGACAAAAUAGACGAUUUUUGCGAGAAUCCAACGAGAGAUGCCUUGACCGAAGGUUUAAUGAGUCUUCUGAAACCUACAGUGGAUCAAUUAGAUGAAAGAAUCCGUGCAACAAGAAUUUGUCAAAUAGAAUUGAAGCAGCAAAUUGAAUCCCUGUCUGAAGAAUUGCAAAGAAUUAACGAAUCGUUGCAGUGUCCGCUGGAAACAGAUUCCUAUGUAAAGAAGCUGAUAAAUGCCAAGCACAAGAUAACGAUUGUCAGUAACAUAUUGCAUAGUACCCAGGAGAGAUUGAAUAAGAUUCACCAGGCCGUAGAAAAGAAUACGGCAAAACGGAAAGCCUUAUUGGAUCAUAGCUCCUCUUAUAGUAAUUCUACGAACACGUUGGACAGAGAAGAACAACAGGCAGAACCAGAAAAAGAAGACGUUACUCCGACAGAACAAGAAUAAUUAAUGAC